AUGUCAAAUGACGGUAUACCUGGCUUCGGAAAUGGCCUAUCUAUCACAAAAUGUGGCGUAGGCAGUGCAGACGCGUGCGAGGAGCCGGCGCCCAAGCAAUUUCGUCCUAAGCUGGUUCAUAUCGCUGUGGCCCUAGGGUAUGUCGGAACGCGCUACAGUGGCUCCCAAUGGCAGGCACCGUCGGCGACACAUCCAGAUAUUCGCACUGUUGAGGGGGAGAUCUACGCUGCGAUAGAAGCCGCAGGGAUUCUGUACGGACGGGACAUCAAAUCCAUUGGAUGGACUCGGUGCUCACGCACAGACAGGUCUGUUUCAGCUGCAAUGGCGGUGUUUUCGUUCUUUGGUCCUGGGCACCUUGACCUUGUCCAAGCUCUCCAGCCCCAUCUCCCCAAGGAUAUUUCUAUCUUUGGUACCGUCCGGGUUCCACCCAAGUUUAGCGCCAAAAUGGCGUGCACAAGUAGGACCUAUGAGUAUAUGAUGCCCCUUGUGUUCCUCUUACCCAGCUCUCAGGAAGAAGCCUCUGAACCAUGUCAAGACGUGCAGGCAUUCUUUUCGUACUUGGACAGCCCAUACUCUGCCGAGAGCACUGAAACCGUUAGGGAAGCGUGUUCGCGGUUAUAUACUGCACAGCGUCAUGAUAUCCUCGACUUCUUGCGAUUGGAUGACGAGCUGCAGAAGAUACGGACUCAGGUUCGCAUCCGUGCUUCACACGAUUCACCUGCAGUAAUAUUUGACACAAUGCUUCAGCCCUUCUUGCAGCAGCUAGUAACAACUGCUUUUCUAGCCAAAAUACGAGCGUACCACAACUUUACAGAAGACAAUGUGCAGCCGUCUGCCAGCAGCAGAAAGAUCCUGUCUUGCUCAGUGUCUCUCUCCGCCGCCUUUGACUCUCAGACUGACGCCAUAAAGGACAAACCAGCCGCAGAACUGUAUACGAAGGUAACCAUCUGCGGCCAAGCAUUUCUCAUGUACCAGAUCAGAAGAAUGAUGGGAGCUCUUGUGGCUGUUCUUAGGGGAUGGAUUCCCGCAUCCUUCUUAUAUUUUGCUUUCCAAACGCGCACCAAGCACUUGCGUAUAUCGACGGCACCUGGUUCCUAUCUUCUACUCAAGCAACCCAACUAUGAGCACCUUCUAUCGAAGAAGGACUUCACUCAGCAUGGUGUGUUUGUCUCUGAAGACGAAAGAAUCAAGGACUUGGCCGAACGCUUUAAGGUAGAGAACAUUUACCCUGAAAUAGUGCGACUUCACAAGGACAUAAUUGCAGAAGGCCGAGUUCAAGCUAUUCUUGAUGAGAUGGAACACGAGCUUUGUAAGCAUGGAAAUGGCUGGGCACAAUCCAAGACCCUCUUUUGCGAUGACAUCCGAACACAGGCAGACAUUGUCAGUAGGACGAUUACAAUCUAA